AUGCUUCCCACGCACAUCAGGAUAGCGCAGUUGUCCCUCGCGGGCCUGAGCUUCAUCUUCGGCAUCUGCAUCAUGGGCACCUCCGGCCACACCCUCGCCGUCUACAACGCCGAGUACUCGACCAACCCGUGGUGGCUCCCGCUCUGGAACGGACACUUCGACGUGCGCGGCACGAACACGCUCAUCGGUGCCGGCGCGGUCAUCACCAUCCUCAACCUCGCCUUCCUCAUCCUCUGCUUCCUCCCCAAGCUCAACCUCACCGAACGCACCACCGCCCGCGCCUUCAUCACCCUGGGCCUGGUCUUCCCGACGCUGGUCGUGGCGUUCGGCUGCUUCGUCUACGCCGCGGUGCUGAACAAGAACUCGCCCUCGGUCGAGACGAUCCAGACAUGGACAUGCAAGUUCAAGGGCAAGCGGCCCUCCGACACCACCAUCAGCGUGCCCACCGGCGUCUCGAACCAGGAAUUCAGCAGGCUGUGCGCCGAGAGCAAAUUCGCUCUGUACACGACGCUCGUCGUCUUCCUGCUGCAGGGCUUCAUGCUCGUCAUCGCCGUGCUCGGGUGGUGCGUCGAGAAGUGGUACGCGCGCAAGCAGCGCAAGCAGUCGAAGCUCGAGGACGGCAACAGCGUCGAGAUGAGCAACGGCAGCCACCACGACAAGGAGGUGCCCGUCAGCGUGCACUCGACGGCCGGCUCCAUCACACCGCCGCCGCCGAGGUACUGA